AUGGCACCUCGGGCUGUAUCCACUAUAGGAGACAAAGACUUGCCAUUAGCGACGUCUGAACUUGAUAUGACUAUUCAAAGUUGUUUGGAUUAUGUAUGCUCUGGGAAGGCCUUGGAGUUUUCUGGGGUUACUACUCAAAUAGGAAGGAGUGUGUAUAAUGGUCUCAAGGCUGUCUCAAAGGACGAUCUUCCUGAAGAAGGGCUAACGGUUGAGAUAGUUAAGCAGUAUCUUCUUGAUACCGUCGGUUACUUCUGUACGACUUUUGGUGUAGAGGACUGUAACAACUUUGAGGAUAAUAUGGUAUGCUAUCUGUUACCAGUGUUAGUAGAGUCUGAUUUGUUGCUGAAGAAGCCUUCUGAGUCAGAGUUGAGAGAUUUGAGGCAUGAUAAGAUUGCGGCCACUAAGGACUUAGCUUUUGAUCCGUUCAGCUUCUUUUCGCCAACUUUUCCUCAGUACUUCUCUCAACUCCAUCAACCCGACCCUACGGUGGAGGCUGCUGUUGUGGCAGCCCCGAAGCCUGCUGUUGGAGAUGGCCUGUUGUUUAGUGCUAGCCCGGUAGAGACUGGUUUUCCGGCUGUUAAAUCGGUAUCUACCUCUUCUAAGGACCCUCGACAUGAUGUUCUUGGUUUGUUGCCCAAAUUUGAGUUGAAGGAUGCCGUAAUUACUUCUCAAGAACGCCGCCAAGCUCGAAAAUCGGUUAAGGAUAUAGAGCUUUUGAAGGGAGGUGUCUUCACUGGUAAAGGUGAUAGCCGAUCUAUGCGACGAGUACUGACCUAUGUUCGUGAUGUUGCAAUUGAGGAAGCUUUCACGGCAUUAGAGUAUCGGGAGCUAUUGAAGCGUCAGAUUUCUCAGACUGCUCGAGCUGCUGUUCAUCCUCGCAGAGUCACUACUCAGCCUGCUCUUAUUCAAGAGCUGCGACGAGAGGUCUCAAGCUUUCUAUCACUUUAUGGUCAAGGAGACUCUGGCAAGUUGGAUUCUUGGAAAAGCCUACUAUUUUUAUCACAAGGAAAGUCCGAGAAAGUUGCCACCUUUGCCCAGAGGUUUGACGACGCCUAUAAUGAUGCGGUAUGUCUUGGUAAUGUCAUAGAUGAUGCUCAGGCCGCACUACAAUUUGCGUCGGCUUUGAAUGAGCGAAUGGUCGAUUAG